AGAGGACGUGUCCCUGGCGCGCGCGGGCCGGAAGCGGACCGCGGUGGGAGCAGCCGCCAUGGAGGAGGCCGCGGCGCACAACGGCAGCGCCGCUGGGGCCGGGGCCGGACCCCCCGCGGCCGCCCGGCCGCCCGCCACCCCCGAGGGCAUGGCGCUGGCCUACGGCAGCCUCGUCCUCAUGGCGCUGCUGCCCAUCUUCUUCGGGGCGCUGCGCUCCGUCAGCUGCGCCAAGAGCAAGAACUCCUCGGAGAUGCCAGAGACCAUUACCAGCCGAGACGCUGCUCGUUUUCCCAUCGUGGCCAGUUGCACCCUUCUGGGGCUCUACCUCUUCUUUAAAAUAUUCUCUCAAGAGUACAUCAAUCUUCUGCUUUCCAUGUAUUUCUUCGUGCUGGGGAUCCUAGCCCUGUCCCACACCAUCAGCCCCAUGAUGAACAGAUUCUUCCCUGCAAAUUUCCCCAACAAACAGUACCAGCUCCUCUUCACCCAGGGCUCCGGGGAGAGCAAGGAGGAAAUAGUAAAUUACGAGUUUGACACCAAGGAUCUUGUAUGCCUGGCCCUGAGCAGCGUUGUGGGGGUCUGGUACCUGCUGAGAAAGCACUGGAUUGCCAACAAUCUCUUUGGGCUGGCAUUCUCCCUCAACGGGGUGGAGCUGCUGCAUUUGAACAACGUCAGCACUGGCUGCAUCUUGCUUGGGGGCCUCUUCAUCUACGACGUCUUCUGGGUCUUUGGCACCAAUGUGAUGGUGACAGUUGCCAAAUCAUUUGAGGCCCCAAUAAAACUGGUUUUCCCUCAGGACCUGCUGGAGAAGGGGCUGGAGGCGGACAACUUUGCCAUGCUGGGUCUGGGAGACAUUGUCAUUCCAGGGAUUUUCAUUGCCUUGCUGCUGCGGUUUGACAUCAGCUUGAAGAAGAACACGCAUACGUAUUUCUACACCAGCUUUGUGGCCUACAUCUUCGGGCUGGGCCUGACCAUAUUCAUCAUGCACAUCUUCAAGCACGCCCAGCCUGCUCUUCUGUACCUAGUCCCUGCGUGCAUCGGAUUCCCACUUCUUGUGGCCUUGGCAAAGGGAGAAGUAACUGAAAUGUUCAGCUAUGAAUCCUCUGCUGAAAUCUUGCCACACACACCAAGACUUACCCACUUCCCCACCGUGUCCGGCUCGCCGGCCAGCCUUGCUGAUUCCAUGCAGCAGAAACUGUCCUGUCCCCGCCGACGCCGGCAGCAAAGCCCUAGUGCCAUGUAGCAAUCGCACGCGGUGCCCCUUCUCUGUCGCUCUGGCCAGCUACGAGGAGAGCUCAACCCCCAAGGAGGUGCCGGGGGCCUCCAAAGAAGAGACGACAGAAGCCGCCAAGAAGGAGAAGUGACCUUGCCCAUGGGCCAUCCCCGGCACUGCUGGGCUGGGGCCCUUCCAGACCCUCUGCAAGUGACAGACGACGAAACAAUUGUGCAAGAGCAUCGUGUUGUGUGUGUCGGAGCAGCCACCCAGGUGGGCUAUCGAUGUAUGCCGCAUAGCCACCCCCCCGCCGGCCCCCCGGGGCCGCACCGCCACCCCCCUGCCUGUUUAUCUCCUACGGGGGUGCAAGGCAGGUGGGGGGCAAACCACAGGCCGGUUUUUAAAUUUUGUAUUGUGCAUUUGCUUUCUCAUAUUAAACCAUGUCGAAGGAA